AGCAAAAGAAGUGCUGCAAGUGAGGCAAAGAUGACGCUUCGCUUAGUCAGCAUAUUAUCGCUGGCAUUAUUUUUAGUAUUGCCCGCACAGUUGGAUGCAUUUAUCACGCAGAAUACAGGAUGCCAUCACAAUGGCACUUGGUAUGCGGACAAAUCGGUGGUGCCCAGCAUGGAGAAGUGCCUCAACUGUCAGUGCAAUCGCAAGACGCUCGUCUGUCGCCUAAAAGUGUGCCCAGAGAUGCCGAUGCCACCGCCACGCGGCUGUGUGGUCGUCCAAAAGAAGAAUACCUGUUGCCCGUAUUUGUCGUGUGCUCGUCUCGAUGCCUUCUACAAGAUUCCCACCAAGCGACGCAUCAUCGCCUACUUGGAUCACUAUGAACGCGAGUCCAUCGAUCGUGUGGUCAACGAUAAUAUGCUGCAAAGGCGCUCUGAUGACUCGGACGUGGAUCUAUUUGUUUGUGUGAAGAAUGGCACGGUGUAUAAGUCGGGAUCUGCGAUGUCUUCAUCGAAUCUGUGCAGCUAUUGUUAUUGCAUUGGUGGCACCGAGAAGUGCGUCAAACCGAAGUGCAUGCUGCCCGUGGAGGGCUGCAAACCGAUCUUCGUAGACUCCACCUGCUGCCCGGUUCGUUACGAUUGCAGCAGCAAGACAUCGGGCAAAUCCUCUCAAGAAGUGCGCUAUCGCAAGACCUCGAACAAACACUUCCAACGCAUGUCGCAAAGACUUCAACGCAAUCGCGGUUGCACCGUCAACAGUCAGUUCUAUGCGGAGGGACAGAAAAUGCGCUCGGAUGCGGACAAACCCUGCGACAUUUGCUUCUGCAUACGCGGCACACGUCGCUGUGCUCCAAAGAAAUGCUCCCCAGCCCUGAAGAACUGCAUCCCGGUGGUGCCCAAGGGUCAGUGUUGUCCCUCCAGCUACGACUGCGGCAGUCAGCGGGAUUAUCGCCGAUCGCAGAGUUCGCGACAAUUCAAUCUUUAUAAUCUGCUGUUCGGCAAAGAGGAACAAGAGGCUGAGGCAGCAGCAGCUGCAGCGAUGAUGCCACAGAACUCCAUGCUAGCCGAGCAUUAUCCACACGAUCGUCACCCGACGCCGCCGACGGUGGGAGAUGCCUUGGAGGCGAGCAGCGAGAAGAGCAUUAUGGACACGUUGCGCGAGGGACUCGAGUUCAUCGAUGGCAACAACAAUCAGAUGCUUGCCAGCAACAUGGAUCUGGUAACGGCAGCAACACCUGCGCCCAUAAUCGAAGACGGAAGCACCACAGAACUGAGUUUGCUUGAUUUGCUGUUGGGUCCCAGCACACAACAAAGUGAAGUCAAGGUGACGCAGGAGUCGUUGACGACAACGAAGAAACCUUUGUCUUGGGUGGAUUUGUUGCUCGGUCCCGAUGAAGAAGAUGUUGCUGCUGUCACAGAGUCGAGUAUAGAAUCAAACACAGCGCUGGCUCAAUUGGAGGCGCAACCGAGUGUGGCAAGCAGCACUUUAAGUAGCAUUAAACGCAUUGCCGAUGACUUUGACGAUCAACUGGGCAGUGAUGAGAUUGCUGUAGGUGAAUUACCCGCAGAAGCACAGCAAAUAUUGCUUAGCAAUUCACAGUCAAAGGAAGAAGAAAUCGAAACAACAGCAAAGCCAGCGAAUGAUUUACUCAAUGCGUUCUUGAAUGGACUCUCCGAUAUGCUGGACGAUAAUGCAACGAGCAGCUCAACAACAACAACUUCCACGACAACAACGACGACCACAAGGCGACCCACAGUCAAAGUGCAACAUGCACCUCCAAUGUUUCGUCCACUACCGAGCAAUAAACCGCAGCACAGUCGCAUCAACUCGAAGCUGGCAAAUCUGACGGUGACGCCGCCAAUGGUUGUGGUCACCAGCAAGUAUGGACAGCCCGUGACCUACAGAACAAUGCCCAGCAGCAGCAGCAGCAGCACAACGACAACCACUACAACAACGACAACCACAACGACAGCCAGACCCACAACAACAACAACCACUCAGCAACCAAGCACAACAACAAAAUCAACAAUUCGAACUACAAACAAACCGAAACCAAAGCCGAAGACAACGCGACGCACCACAGCAGCAACAACAACGACAACAACAACAAGCAGCACCACCACAACAACAACCACACCGCGACCCACCACAACAACAACAACUACAGCGCGACCAACAACAACCACUAAACGCAGCACUUUGAGACCCAAGCAAAGCACCGCGCGACCUUUGAUCAUAAAAACAAAUCCAAGCAUUUUGGAAGCAGAACCUUUGGAUGUCAGCGAUGACAGCACUGCGCCCACUUUGCCACCCAGUUUGCCUAAUCUCAAGAUCAUUCCAUUCCUGCCUACAGAUGCUGUGAAUAGCCAAGCAACCAAGCUGCAAUCGCAAAGCAGCUACAACAACGUCAACGCCAACAACAACAACUACUAUCAGCAACAGCCAAUGGCUGCUGAUAAAAUGGAUAUUGAUUACGAUCCAGCUUACGAUGAGACUGCCGCACUUUAUCCUUCAAUAACCUCAGCUUAUCCACAACAACAGCAACAGUCGCAAGUCAGCAGCAGCAACAACAACGAUCAGGCUGCCUACAAAUACAAGUUCAAUGUGGAGGUGCCCGCCGUGGAGGCGCCACCAGAGCCGGUUGUGCAUCUCGGUGGACAAUACGAAGGCAGUGCAGCGUAUGUUAACUACGACUUUGAGCAGCAAGUUGUGCCACCAGCGCACAGCGGCUUCUCGCCUCCCACCGAGACUGAGGGCGGUUUUAUGCCCAAGGAUCCGCUGGUCAUCGAUGGCGAAGUGUUGCACGAUCACGUCACAUCCAAUGUUAUACUUUCGAUUGGCAACAACUAUCAAGUCACACAACACAUCAUCGAUAUAACAACGGCGGCAAGUGAAAACGACACGAUUCCAAUAGAAAUCACAACACCCGAUCCCUUUAAAGAUGUCAUCCACACCGAGAGGUCGCCCAAUCUGGACGCACUCAUUGUGGACAAGCAGCCAGCACAACAGCAACAGUUGCAGCAACAACAAGAACAGCAACAGGAACAACAGUUGCAGCAACAGCAGCUGCAACACAUCGAGAGCGUAAGCUAUAGCAUAAGCAGCGCUUCCGGUGGCAACAAGGCAACAACACAAACACCCGCCACAACAACAACUACUACUACAACAACAACUCCAUCAACAACAACAACAGCAGCAGCAGCAGCAGCACUGCCAUCGAUAAUAGACAAAAACGAAAUCAAUAAACUGGACCAGUUGCUGGACGAGUUGCUGGGCAGCGUCAGUCAGAGCACGGUGCCGCCCUUUAGGACAUUGCCACCCAGCAUAGCAGUAAAAACAACCGCUACAACAACAACAUCAUCGAGACCGGCAACAACAAGUGCGAGGCCAGCAACAACGACAACAACACGUGUCUAUAAAAAGGGCAACAAAACGAAGAGCAAACCGGCAGCCGGCAACAGACGCAACAAUCCAACAGCAAUUACAAGUAAACCCAGCAGAUCCAAAGUUCAACAGGCCACGCGACGAACUCCCGCCAGCAGCAGCAACAGCAGCAGCAGCGGCAGCAACAACAGUAACAGAAACAACUCUGUGGCAGCCACAGCGUUGACAAGUGUUAAGCCCAAAGGCACAACGGUAACUACAACCAUAACAACAGCAAUUGCUAAGCCAACAACAGCAGCAACAACAACAACAACAUCGACGACGACGACGACAGCAGCAACUGUUGGCAGUUCAAUGCGUCCAUUUUUAAUGUCACCGUUCGACACAUUGCCCUUCCUGAACGCCAGCUAUGAGGUGCGACCGCAUAUGUUGCAACCACAACAGCAGCAGCAGCAACAGCAAUUGUUGGAGUUGCAACAGCGACCGCAGCAAUUCCAUCAUUAUCAGCACGCGCCCAGCAGCAGCAGCAGCACAACAACAACACCGACAACAACAACAACUGCAGCAGAUGCAAGUGUUGUUGUGGGGGGCGAAAGUUUAAUGGAUGCCACGGGUAUGCUAAAAUUAGCUGGAUGCAACAUUUAUGGUCGCAUGUAUCGCGUCGGUCGCAUUAUAGUCGAAUUAUCCAAUCAAUGCCUGGAAUGCAAAUGCACCGAGGUGGGCGUCAAGUGUGGCCCACUAGACUGUUAAUUUAAGAUCCCCUCCGCACCCCUUCGCAGCCAACCAGCCCCCGCCUAGAGCCUUGGUAAGUCUGUAUGUGUAUGUUUGUGCCGUUGUAUGUUUGUGUUUUUGUAUGUGCGUCUGUGUCUGUGUUUAGCCAAGUUCUCAACCUCCCCCGCUGCUUAGUUUAUGCAUUUAACAUUUUAGUGAGAUGGCCGAAAACGCAAGAUUUAGAAUUAGAUUUAGUUAGUACUUAAUUUAGGGGGAAAACUUCAGCUCUAAGUUGUAUUAUAGACUCUUAAUAUUUAAUUUUUAAUUUUACACUAAUUCGCAUGCAUUUAAUUUAA